AUGUUGUCUUCAAGGCAGUUUUUGUUUUGCCUUUGCAGUGUGUUAUUAAUCUCAACAGGUAAGUAAAUAGAGGAUUUUUUGGAAAUUUAUAUCUAAAACAACGAAAAUGGAUGGUUAUCUAUGUUUACCUUGUAAAGUAUUUUGAAAUCUUGAAGUAUAUUUAGUAAAAACAGUAAAAGUUAUGAAUAACGUUGGCUUUUGAUGUUUACUAUAAUAUUUUUGCUUUCAGUUCGUCCAGAAGAUGAAGUUGAUGGUGAAGGAACCGUCCAGGAGGAAGAAGUAAAAACUGUUGGCCCAUCCAAAGAUGCUCAAGUAUCAUUCUACUUCCAAGAGCCAUCAGACACUCAAAGUAAGUUGAUUUAUAUUAUCUAUAUGAGGUUUAGGUACCAAAACUUGAAUUUCUGGCUAGCUCAUUUAUUUCAGGACGAAAGUUACUACUGCUUGGCUAAGAAAUUGUCUUGAGAGUAUUUUUUAUAAGUUUAUUAGUUUAAAUUUUUGUUUUUUGUGUUGAAAAAGGUCGAUUUACAUUGUGGACUCUAAAUGUGGAGCUAUAUCCUUUAAUUAAUCGUUGAUACUCGAAAUAACAUUCAGUUUUUAGACUUCUUAGCUGGAAAAGUAUCUACAUUCUUGGUUGGAUUUGUUAACAAGGGAGAAAAGGACUUCACUGUUCACGCCAUCGAGCCAUCAUUCAGGUAUCCAUUCGACUUCAACAUGAUCAUGCUCAACGUAAGUUUUGUCUUUUUAUUAGUUCGUUUUUGUGUUCAGGGUUAAUAUUAUUUGACUAUGAGUUCAAGACGAAUUUGAUUCUCAUGUUUGGCUAUUAAAAAUCUUGUUAUUCUGCAUCCUACGCCUUGUUUGCAUAAGUUUUAAGUUUUUUAAGGCAAAAAGAGUUUUAAAUGUAGUUUUAAAUACAAUUUUGGAUUAAUUAAUAAAAACUGGCUUUACUAAAGUAAUAUCAAGCUUAUAACACUACUCUUACAGUUGACUGCCGGCCGUGUUGAAAGAACAGUCGCUCCAAAGCAAGAGGCUUCAUUCGACUACCGAUUCAUCCCCAACGAAGCCUUCAUUGGCCGACCACUUGGUUUGACUGUCAACCUUCACUACACUGACUCUGCUGGAGGUUACUAUGUCAACACCGUGUUCAAUGAAACCAUCCUGGUUCAAGAAGACGAGAGCAACUUCAACACUGAAACCGGAUUCUUGUUCCUUGUGCUGAUCGCCAUUAGUGGUGCAAUUCUCUUCUUGGUUUCACAAUUGUUCUCUAAGGUAAGUUUUGCAGACUUCACCGAGUUUUAGGAUAAAAAAACAGGUUUAUCUAUAUUGUAGUAGAUAAUAACUUACAAUUUUGUUUUAAAAUUAUAAAAUCUUUAAAGAAAAGGUAUUAAAAUGAACAUAAACAAUAUAUCUUUGUUUCUAUAUCAAUUGUAAUUUUAAUAUUGUCGUUUUAGUUCACCCGCAAGGCCACCGCCAUCUCUCGUCCAGCCAAAUACGAAACCGGAACCAGCAGCGACGAGGUUGACUACGAAUGGAUUCCACGAUCCCACCUGACCGACAAAUCCCCCAAGAUUGGAUCUCCACGAAACCGUCGCGUACAGAAGGCCAAGUAA